AUGAAGCAAAAGAUAGUUGUGAAGGUGCACAUGAGCUGUGAAAAAUGCAGGACCAAAGCCAUGAAGGUUGCCGCAGUCGAAUCAGGAGUGAUCUCGGUUCAGAUCAGCGGAGAAGGCAAAGAUCAAGUGGUGGUUGUUGGUGAUGAAAUUGACUCUGUUAGCUUGACCAGAUCUCUAAGGAAGAAAGUUGGACCUGCGACAUUACUCAGUGUGGAAGAAGUCAAGGAACCAAAGAAAGAGGAACCCCCCGCUGCUAAAAAUCAGUCCACAUCACCAUCACCCUCGUUAUGUUAUCCACAACCAGUAUUUUGCCAUCAAAUCGUCCAUGAUUGA